AUGAAGCUUUCCAUCAUCUUCUUCACAUUUGCCUCGGUCUCUACCGCUAUGGCUGCUGUUCUCCCCGAAUCUGAAGUUGAGAUCCCCGGCAAGCUUGUUUCUCGCGACGAGUUUGAACUUGCUAUUCGCCAGGCGGGAUGCUCGGCUUACGGACUCAAGCGAUUCUGGUUGAGGUAA